AUGUGGGAAUUGCCCAUACUGGAGAGUUUGAUGAAGAAUGCAUUGAUCAACGAGAUCCCAGAUGUUCGUAUGAUUGCGGACGACGAGCUAAUGACCAUUGAACCACACUGUCGUGGUUUGCGUGCAAUUCAUUCACCUCGCACGGGAAAUGUGAACUGGCAAGCUGUGGCCAAUGCCUAUGGUGAGGAUUUUGUGCAAAGCGGAGGUCAAAUACGAACAGGGUUUGAAGUUACUCACAUUGAAUCAUCUAUGGAUCACCUUGACUAUCCUAUAUUAAUUCGAGGAAUGCAACGACAGGGUAACCAGAGAAGACCGUUUGAGCUUCAAUGCAAAUAUUUAAUCACUUGUGCCGGACUCCAAGGGGAUCGUGUGGCCAGAAUGACAGGUUGCCCAACAAUUCCCAAAAUUAUUCCUUUUCGUGGUGAUUUUAUGAUUCUCAAACCGGAAAAAAGCCACCUAGUUCGGGGUAAUAUCUACCCUGUACCCGACGCCCGUUUUCCUUUCCUAGGGGCUCACUUCAACUCCGGGUUGGGUGAAUCGGUUUUACUCGGACCAAAUGCUGUGUUGUCUCUAAGGAGGGAAGGGUACGGUUUGAUGGAUUUCAAUUUGAGAGAUGCAGUAGAAUCACUCACGUACCCGGGACUGCAACGUAUGAUUUAUAAAUACUUCGGAGUUGGAAUGAACGAGUGGAUGCGAGCUUUUUCUAUUAGAGCACAAAUGAAAUAUCUCCAGCGCUUUAUUCCCGAAAUAUCGGCAGAGGAUGUCACACGUGGUCCAUCCGGAAUUCGAGCCCAGGCAGUGGAUAAAAAAGGAAAUCUAUUAGACGAUUUUAUCAUGCAUCAAGGAACUGGAAGUGCUGGAUGGAGAAUUGUUCACGUACUGGGUGUCCCAUCACCGGGUGCCACAUCCUCACUACCCAUAGCGCGUCUGCUCAUCAGUAAAUCGGAAACUCAAUUCAACUGGCCAUCAACACGUAAAGAAAAGUGA